UGGCAAGACCUCAUGUACGAAGCGAUGGAUGUCGUCGGCGUAGAUCAAGAACCUAUCCGAGAUAACGCCAAGUGGGCGUGCGUUUACUUUUUCGUAUCGAUUCUCUUUGGCUUCUUGCUCUGGGCAAAUCUCUUUGUGUCGGCGCUCAUCGACAAUUUCAAUCGUAUCGCACACGACGAGAACGACGGCAAGCUGCUUGUCACCGAUGAGCAACGCGUGUGGCAGCAAGCAAUGUUACUCGCCACGGUGCACGCUGACAACUCUUGGCGUAGAUCAUCACCGGAAACGCCCUGGAAAGCCGUCGUGCAUGGCGUAGUGUCUAAGUAUACCUUUGACGCGUUUUCCGUCUUUAUGAUCGUACUCAACAUGGUCACGAUGAUGGCAAUACGCGCGAACCCGUCGAAAUCUGAGGACGACUAUCAAGUUUGGAUGGGAAACACGUUAGCGAUCUGGUACAUGCUUGAGGCUUAUCUUUUGAUCGUCGCCAUGAAGUGGAAAAAUUACUGGCAGAGCGGUUGGAAUAAGAUCGAUUUCAUCGUGGCAGUUAGCGGUGUCGUCGGUCUACUCAUCCCGGAUGUUUACGAGAGUGGCGUUGGUGGAGCUUUCCGUAUGCUGAGAUUUUUGCGAUUGUUUAAAAUUGUUCAGGUGAGCAAAGGUCUGCGAACACUUUUCGCGACAUUCUUGUCGGCGAUUCCUGGAGUCGUCAAUGUCGCGCUUUUAUCUCUGCUGUUCAUGUACAUCUAUGCUUGCCUCGGUGUCGCACUCUUU